CAAUAUGAACACCUUGUACACAGCGCUCCUCAUGUGUUUCAGGACCUCAAGAUGUCCAUGCUUGCAGAACCCCGUAAGAAACAAAAAUGGUCUGUGGAUCCAAGAAACAGCGCUUGGAGCAAGGAUGACUCCAAAUUCGGCCAGAAGAUGCUGGAGCGAAUGGGCUGGUCCAAAGGCAAAGGACUGGGGAAAACUGAGCAGGGAGAGACAGAGCACAUCAAAGUGAAGGUGAAAAACAACAGUCUCGGCCUGGGCACCAGCACUAGCAAUGAGGACAACUGGAUUGCACACCAGGACGAUUUCAAUCAACUCCUGGCAGAGCUCAACAACUGUCAUGGUCAGAACACCACGAGCGAAGCUGUACAGGAGGAGAAACAGGACAGCUUCAGUCUGGAGGAGAAGUCCAAGUCGUCCAGAAAAAGGGUCCAUUACAUGAAGUUCACCAAAGGAAAGGACCUAUCCAGUCGCAGUGAGACUGACCUGGCGUGCAUCUUUGGGAAGAGGUCAAAGCCAUCGAGAGACCAGGAUGAGGAUGACAGUGGCCCAGACUCCAAGGAGGAGGUGGAGAAGAAGAACGACGGCAACAACGACACGGCAGAAUCCAAGAUGGCUGAGGAGCCAGAAUCCAACACGGUGACCAGCACUUUGACCAUGCAGGAGUAUUUCGCCCAGCGCAUGGCGCAACUGAAGAAGGCCCGUGGUGGUGGAGCAGGAGGAGGAGGAGGAGGAGGAGCAUGGGCACAGGCCAACGGGACGGGCGGACAAAACACUCCCAGCAGCCCCAGCCCUGCGCCCACGCCAUCCGCCUCUGAGACCCCGGCAGACAGCCCCAACAUCAGCGACAGUGAACAGCAGCCGGAGAAGAAGAAGAAGAAGAAAAAGAAGAAGAGCAGGAAGGAGGAGGAGGAACAGGAAACGGAACAGGAAGGAGGCAAUGAAGCUGCUGAGGGUGUCCCGGAGGUAGUAGUGGUGGAAGACGCCACAGAGCAAGAUUCCACUUCCUCCUCGGAGAGGAAGAGGAAAAAGAAAAAGAAAAACAAGGCUGAGAAAGAGGAGGAGGAGGAGGAUGUGGUGGUUGUGACACCGGAGUGCAUCACACCGCCACCUGAGCAGGAGAACUCUGAAGCAGCAGAGAACAUCUCGGCAGAGAAGAAGAAAAAGAAGAAGAAAAAAAAGGACAAGCAGGAGGUCCAGUCAGAAGUGAUAGAGCUAGACCAGACCAGCAGUGAGGAGAGUGCAGAGACCCAAGCAGUGGACGGAGAUGGCACGGCUAAGAAAAAGAAACGAAAAAGAGCGGUGGAGGAGGAGGAGGAGGAGGUAGUAGUUGUGGUUGAAGAGAAAAAAUCUAAAAAGGACAAGAAGAAGAAAAAGAAAAAAGAUCUUGACUAGGAGAUGCUGUAAAGAACUGUGCUGUCAAUUUUUUACAUACUAUAUCUGGUCUGUCUACCUCAUACCAGAGAACUUUGAGUUAAAAAAAGGAUUGGAGUGGCCUUGAGAAAGACAAACCAUGAAUAUAGCUGCUUUACAUCACUUUUAAAUGGACUUGAAUGGACUUCUUAAUUGUAUGAAUUGAUGUCAUAUGAUCGUACCUUAUUAUCUUAUCAACUCCCACAACUGUUCUGUUAUAUCUAUAACCUCCCAGUGACUUUUUACUUUCAUCAUAAGAAGUAAAAACAAAAAGAACAGAUCUGAAUUCUAGCUUUUAUGAAUUUAUUUUUUUCUCUGCCUGAUACAAAACAUUAUUACAUUAUUGCAACCACUCUGUUAAUUGUCCGAAGUUAAGACCAAGUUUCAUAAAAUCAAAAACCAAAUCAAAAGUGCCCUUUCAAGUCUAGCCACUAGUUUUUUGGCUGAUUCAAUAAAGAUUUGAAUGGUCUACUACGUUGUGCCUUGCAUGCAUGUAAUUUGUCAGAUUUUGACUUGACUGUAAAUAAAAAUACUGUCUUAAUACAA